AAAAACGGGUUUAUGAAGUGUUUCAUCUCUGCAAUCCGAUCAACCUUGCCCAAGCUUGCCACAAGCCCUUUACCGCGUAACAGAGAGAUGGCGCAUUAAUACCCCUUUCAUGCCCGCCAUGCGAUGAUUGCCAGUUAAAAGUUUCUUCACAGGAAUCUGUCGCCCACCAGAUACAUCCAUCCCGCCUCUUACUCUCAACUGUUCUCAUACGUUCAUGAUCAGUUGGCUCUUCCCCCUGAGGAUCCUCGUCGAACAACCAUGACCUCUUCGGGAGAUCGCUACGCCAGAGAUGCGAGUGGGUUCUCGUCUCCGGACGCGAAUAUAACCCAGAGCCAUGCAAGGCAAGCACCGCAGCCACAGCGCCAGACUCCUGCACCCCAGGAUGUCAUGCCGCACCAACACCUGCUCCAAACUCAGCACUCUGGAAAAGCCUACUAUCCGUAUCAGAGCCGAUCAUAUCAACAAACAGCCUCAAGUCAAGGCGCACUGGGCUACACCUAUGCUCCAACAAAUCAGCCCGCCUACCAGGGAAGUCGUAUUACCCAGGGAUCCAACGAUACUCCUGGCGAUCAAUACCAAGUAAAUUUGUCAGGGGCCCAACACUCGCUGGAUGACCCUCGACAAAGAACAACCGACUUCGUUAACGGCCAGCAAAUUCGAACUGAAUCGUCUCCUGAUGAAGCCGAACAAAACGGUAUCAGGCGUGGUACCAACACUAUCUCACAAUUUGACAACCAGUUCACAAGGACUGUCGAUACCAGCACUUCGGCCAAUAAUGCUCAGAGCGAUGAGCGAUAUCCUCAAUACAAUCGUCAGAGUUAUCCUGGCUAUCCCAGAACCCUUGACUAUUGCGGCCGAAAUGACAGCUCGUCACAUGCACAGCGGUGAAAGAGAGAUCGAAAUUAACAGAGUGCGAAGUCUGGGGAUCAGCAUGGGGUCUAAUGGCACUUGGACA